UUAGUAAUUUGUCAGCUCAGCACUGUCAUACCCUAGUUUAUGUUUUGUGUUUUCAGCAUUUUUAAUUUUUCAUUUCAAUAUAAUUUUAAGUCCUUAAUAAUUAAAUAACGUGAACGUAGUGGUUAAUUCCUCAGUGUUAAGUAAAAAACUAUUUCCAAUUCAUCAGCAAAGAACAGGAAAUUACAUUGUCUUUUGCGAAAAAGAACUCUGACUUGCCUGGAAUUUGAAAAAUUUAGAACUACGUAAAUAAAAUAAAUACUGCGACAUUAGUAUUCAUUAAAGUACAUCAUGCCGUCGUCACUUGUAGAACUCCGUCCAGAUCGACGACUUUUAGAUCAUGAAUUCGAGGGCUACAAGCUAAACUUACAAGCUCUUCCACAUUAUGUGCAUGAACUCGCCUCACCUGUGGAUAAAGUGUACCCAGACGAAAUCCAGUAUUCUUUUAUACAUGCAAAACUUUUCGCACUCCAUAAUCACCUAAUACUCGAUUAUUGGGCUCAUACUUUUAACUAUUACUACAUUGAUAAAAAACAGCAAGUUCAUCACAUUACAUUUGAGUCCACUAACCAUAGCUUCCAGAGUACAGUUGUUUAUGACGUUCCUGCACAUGUUGAAAGAAAAUCUGGGCAUUUCAAUCUCUGUCUCACAUUUCCUUCAGGUAAUUUAGCCAUAGUUAGUGAUGGUACUGGAUACCUUCACAUUAUUGAUACUGGCUGCAGAAACCGUCUUGCUAGUAGAAAUCAAUUAUGGCAGACACAGCACUCAAGUCUGGUUCUUGGGAAAGACAAAUACUUUAUAAUUGUAGACUCGAGGAUACAAGAAAAAGGCAAUAGUGAAUUAUUGCAUUGUUUAUUGCAAUCUGUAGAACAGAACGAGAAGCAUUUCAACACUGUUCUCACAUGGGUCACUUUUGAAAAUAUUGAGGAGACUUGGAAACAAAUAAGCAUGAAGCAGUUGCAAGGCAAAGGCAUUGUACAUUACUCGGCCAUUGAAACAAACUGCUCAGCAUUGUACAUAGCUUCAGACAAUGUUUUCAAAUUUACAUCUGACUCUGAGAAGGAUAUUAUCGAGCCAACAAAACAAGAAGCAAAAAAAAUUAUCUACACGUGGCUGCAGACAACAGAAGAUGUUACAGUCACAUUGCAAUUACAAGAGAAUUUUGAUAAAAGUCUAUUACAUGUUAGUGUGACACCAUUAACAAUUAAAAUAAGCUAUGCUGGUAAUACUUUUGUGGAGGGCAAGUUGAAGCACAAGGUGGAUUGUGAGUUAACAACAUGGAAUAUUCAAGAGAAUGGGCAAGUUGAUGUCUUAGUCACUAAAUCUGAGAGCAUGAUUUGGGAUCAGUUUCUAGAAGGUGGAGAUUGCAAUGGAGAGCAAAUUAUGGAUGCAAGCUUAGUAGAGGAGGCACACAAAAGGCUAGCACACUUGUGCUCGGAGACAGAGGCAGUAGUAGAUCAAUCAGUACCAGGGUUCUCUACACAGGAAUUGGAGGAAUGUGAUGCUGCCUCAGAAGAAGAUACAGUCUUAGUGAGAAUACAAGCAGCAAAUCAUGAAAUCACACACAGAAUACCGCUGAGUGUACACCAGUACUUGUUCAAUGUAAAAUUGGAAACCCAUGAGUCUCCAGCAUUGGUAUUGAGGCAUGACGUAGAUGCUUGCAUUUGGCAACCUUAUGCUGAACUAAUCAAUUCAAACACUUGGCCUUUCAAGCACCAGGGAACUCUCCUGGCCUUUGGAUAUGUACAAUCAUCGAAACAGAAUCGAAAGUUUAUUACAUGCCCACCAAACUUCUCAUAUAGUGUUGUAUGUGAGGCAACAAGACAUAUAUUUAUUUAUCAAAAUGCAGGUACCCAAGACUGCCAACUGAGAAAACGUACUGGGGGUGUAAUGAAAAAUAUCAAGGUUGGACAACAGCAUGUGUUCAAUAUUGACAAGUAUGGAGAAAUUAUUGGUAUCAAUGCUACAAAUGAACACUUGUUUGUAUUAACUGAAAACAAUUUGGUUGCUAUAGAAAUAAUAUAAGAAUAAUAUAUACAAAUUUUAUUUAUUAUAUACAGAAACUAAAUAUAUCCUUAAAUCUAACUUUCCAUGUCACUAUCAUUGUCCCCUAAACUCUCCUCAGAGGAAUACCCUGUUGUAAAUAGAAGAUUUUUAGGCCUCUUCUUUUUAGCUGCUUUUAUUUCUUUUUCAAUCUCCAACUCUUUUUCCUUUGCUAUUUUCUCUGUCAAAAGUUGUCUCUUUCUUGGCUGUAAAUUAUGUUGAGUUUGCACUACAGAACUUUUUAUGUUACCAUUAUUAUGCCUCAUACUUCCAUUAGUAAUUGAUAGUUUUCCUCUAUUAGUUACAUUUUCUUUACUUACUACUUCAUCAUUGUCGUUCUUUUUGUUUUGGUUUUCAAAUGUAUCUUCUAAAAUAUAAAUAUAUAUAUUAGGUUUUUAUUAUUUUACAGUUAAGUACAUAAAUACAGUAAAAAAAAUUAAUUUUCCUACCUGGUGUAAUUAUUUCGAAAUUAUAUGCAUGGUCUUUGAGUACCACAAAUAUAAUAGGAAACUCCACAAUACAUUUUCCAGACAAGUUCUCUGCCAAGGAUUCUGUCAGAUCCAAUUCAAAAAACUUCUUUGAUGAGCCUCUCACUUUUUCAGCUGUGAAAAUAAUUGAUAAACUAAAUUUGCAGCAAUAAUCCUAAAUAUUAUACAUGUUAUUCAUUUUAUCUGCAGUAAAUAAGCAUAUUUAUAUUAAAGUAAACAUUAAAAUAAAUUGUAUAUAAUUUGUCAAUGAAUAAAUAAAUAAUUAACAAAAAGUA